AUGGGUUGUGAAUUUUGCGACUCUGCUCUUGCUAACGCCGUUGGAACACUAAUUGUGGACAAUGUGGUAAAGCCGGUGGGACGUCAACUUGAUUAUGUCCGCCACUUUCAUGAAAAUGUUGAAAAGCUGGUGGAAAAAAAGGGUGAACUUGGAAGGGCACGAACUCGUCUGCAGCAUGAGACUGGGGUUGCUGAAAGGCAGCUUUUACAUAUUGAAGAUGAUGUAGGGGAUCUGCAAAGGAAGGCAGUGGAAAUCCUAUCGAAUGUGGAAACUUUGGAAAUGGAAAUUCAACAGAAUAAGAGGUGUCUCAAUUGGUGUCCUAAUUGGAGUUGGAGAUAUCAACUAAGCAAGCAAGCAAUGAAGAAAACUCUGGAUAUAUCUAAGCUUUUGGAGAAGAUCAACAAAUUUGGUCAACCUGGACGAGUCGGUUACCGUGCUCCUAGUACCCUUCCCACCAUAGAAUUCCUAUGCUCUAAGGAAUUUGUGGUUUCGGAAGCUUCAAAGAUUGCUUUCCAUCAAAUCAUUGAAGCCCUACAAGAUGACAAUAUCAGCAUGAUUGGAUUGUGGGGGAUGGGAGGGGUGGGCAAAACCACCUUGGCUCGUGAAGUUGGAAAUCAAGCUGAAAAACUGAAUUUGUUCAAUAAAGUUGUGAUUACAACUGUGUCUCAAAAUCCAAACUUCGAAGUAAUUCAAGACCAAAUUGCACAAUUCAUAGACUUUGAUAUGAAGAAUGAACGAGGAAGAAGAUCAGUGCAAGAUUUAUGGUUGAGACUGAAGAAGGAACAGAGGAUUCUUAUUAUCCUUGAUGAUAUUUGGACAAAUAUCAACUUAAAGGAGAAGAUAGGAAUUCCGACUGGCGAAGAUCAUAAAGGUUGCAAAGUUCUUUUAACAACACGCCGUCAACAAGUAUGCCUUGCUAUGGAUUGUCAAAAGGUGGUACAACUGGGUUGUUUAGAUGGCGAUGAAGCUUGGAAUUUGUUUGCAACGAAAGCAAGUUUAAAUGGCUCUGCUGAUGACGCUAUUAGAAAGGUGGCAACUAAAAUCAUCAGAAAAUGCCAAGGUUUGCCCAUUGCUAUAGUUUCGUUGGGAAGUGCUUUGAAAGGUAAAAGUUGUCACGAGUGGAAAGCGGCAUAUCGGAGACUCAAAGGUCGUAGAUUAACUGAAAUUGAAGAUGUUAAUGAAGAAAAUGCUUAUCUAUGUCUUGAGGCGAGCUUCGAUUACUUGAAGGGUAUGGAGACGAAGACUUGUUUCUUAUUGUGCUCUUUAUAUCCCGAAGAUUAUGAGAUUUAUGUGGAGGACUUGAAGAAAAGGGCAUGUCAAAAUGCAUGA